UUGCUUUAAAAGAAAAGCAAAAGCCAUACAAGUUAAAUUGACACAAUAACAAAAAAAAUGUUUUGAAAUUUUUUUCCUACACUUGAGAACUAAUAAAAAUUCUUCAGUACAAAUCAGAAAUAAGAAAUUUGUAAGAUUUAAGCCAAUUCUACCAAUAUGGCUGCAAAUUUUAAAAGCCGGACAAACGCUGAGCUCAACACUAAGCCACACAUAACUGUGAAGGGUGUCGGUGGUGGUAAAAUGUUUAAAGACAAACCGAAGAGACAUUCAAAACAAAAACGAUCCUCCAGACAGGUACAUAUAAGUGAAUCACUAUUGGGGAGCCAUAAAAGUCCAAAAUUUGAUGAGGACAAUAUCUUGUCGACACAAAGUUCCGUUGGGAAAAUCUCGAAUUUUAGCGAACUUAUCCCUCUAGGUACACCGUACACAAAAGCGAUCAAUGUGUAUUCGAGAUUAUUGGAAAUUCAACGCAGAAAGUCGUCCGCGGUUAGUUCCACUUCAGAAAGUUCAAGUUCACGUUCAUCAUCGAACGCCUCGUCUGUGUAUAAUACGUCAUCGCUGGCCUUCGUAUUGAAGCGACAGCAAUUCUGUAAGGGAGAAUAUACAAAUGCGAAGUGUGGCCGUUAUAAUCGUAUACAUCCGCCGCUGUGUAGCAUACCAGCUGAGAGUCUGGCAUGCGUUGCGAUCUCUAUGGAAAAUUUGACGGAAAAGCCUCGUACUGCGAAUAUAACGGUGUAUCAAUGAUCUCAUGGAAAAAAGUCGGUGAUGCAAAUUGCAAGCUGUUUCUAAUAAGUUUAAUCAGAAAGUAAAUAUGUCGAAAUGUGCUAGUUGUCUAUAGACUAAAUAUUUGUACGUGGUGAGGGAAGAUCGUUCGCGCAUUUUACUACUACAUGACGCUUAAUUGUCUGAGUCAGCUCAAAAAUCAAGAAAAUCUUAUAAAUUAGCAAAAAUUAUAUGCCGCGAUAAACUAUAACUUUACAUGUCAUGGAUUUUUUUUAAACAAACUGUAAAGCUUAACUCUUGUUCUUCAGUGAAAAGCGUUUUUCGUUCGUUCUCAAGUUUUGAUAAUGCGUUGUAUUCAAGAUCAUGUCAGCUGUUUACUUAGCAACAUGGGUGUUCAUGUACACACAAUUUUUUUCUCGGUGCCACAAGUGGUUCUAUGCCUGCAACAAUUAUUUUUCGGAACCCUAGUGAGAUGCGAGCAUCUAUUUUUUCUGCUAUCAUUUCCGAGAGGCAUGUACAUCAUGGCUUCAGCAAUUUGAACGAGUUUUGGAAACACAAUUGAUUUCGAUUAACUUUUUUUAACAUCCAGACAUAAUAAAAGCCUCUCGAUUAACAUAUUUUGCCAAAUGAGAAUGAGUUUAAUUUGUAGGCAAAAUGAAUUUUCGACAUACAUAUUUACUGUACACAUGUUUCAGGAUUGUGUCGUAACAGAGUUUGUCUAAACUUGAGUAUGGUCAAGAUUCGAAUAUGAAAGCAACAAGUUUCAAAUAAUUUUUUUGUCUACC